UGUCUCUCAUUUGCGUGCAUACAGGAUACAAAGAAUGUGAAAUCAAGAUGACAGUGGCAAGCCCCACGCUCUGUACUUACUUUAUCUUUCUUGCUACCGCUGCUUCAGAAAGUGACUCUGGUUCUGGAGCAUCACUGGGCUAUGGAACCUGCGCAGAUUCUGAACUGGACACCAGCUUUGAGUGCAUCACUCAGAUGCCAGAAUUCCAGGAGAACUACUUAAUCUGCAAUGCCACUGUGGCAGACAUGAACCUGAAUGAGGCCGACAUUUUCUUUUCAGCUUUUAACAAACAGUUCCGUAACUGCACCAUGCUGAGCCAACUGGUGAGCAAAUGUUUGCUACAGAACGGGGACCUUAUUCCAGCCAUAGAAGUUUGCUUGACGGUGACGUUGAUGAAGCAGCCAUGUAAAGUCUGCCAGAAGCUGAGGGCAGCUCAUAUCAUUAAACCUGAAGCACCAUUUGCCUUAAACGUUACCUACCAAGACAAGGCAAAUGAGUACUUUGUUCAGUUCUCCACUGCGCACUUGCCAGGCUCAUACAUCCAUGAUGACUUAAUACAUGAAAUCGCUUACCGGCAGCAAAACAAGCCCUGGAUGACCAUGAAGUCUAACUAUGUUACAUUAAAGAUUCUGGGACAGAGAUUACAGCCAGAAACAACAUAUGAGAUGAAAGUCCGGACAAAGCCCAAUGACGAUUACUUCAAAGGCACGUGGAGCGAAUGGAGCUCAUCUGCAUAUUUUAAUACUUCCGCCAAAGUGCCAGUUGUGAUAGACAAUAACACAGUCGAGAUGAUCAUAUCCACUGGGGGCUUCAUUGUGCUGUUCAUUCUAUUUUUUCUCAUCUUCAUCUUUUGGAAAAGCAGGAUCAAGCCUGUUGUGUGGCCCACUAUCCCCAAUCACAAGAAAGCUCUGCAUCAGUUCUGCCACAAGCUACGCAAGAAUUCUGAUGCAAGUUUCUUCAAUCCAGAGAGUUUCGGGUAUGUUCAUAUCCAUAAGGUGAACAGCAUUCAGUGCAAAGCAGAAGUGGACCACUGUCAGCCAUCACUGUCAGGGUCAUCAGCAUCCUGGCUUCCCCAGGAUGUUGAUGACCCAGAGAAGACUGGGAAUGGGCUGGAACAGAACAACCUGAUUCACAUCAACCAAGGCUGGCUGAAGCUGCCUCUGGCAUACGAAGGCAUGUGGUCUGCUGAGACACGUUUGAACAGAAGGCCCAGUGCUUCUGAUGGCAACACGUGCAGCAGUGCCAACUUGAACGAUGACAGCAGCCAUGCUCUGGGCAACGGUUCCACCCCAUCUCUGGACCCCACCAUUCUUUCUGGAUUAGAGGCAGGCAUCUGCCACUCACUCUGUGUCAACGUUCAGACCGGGACAUCAAAUAUAGAAGAGGCCUAUGUGACCAUGGCAAGCUUUAUUGGAAGAAAAUGAAACUCUGGGAACCAUCAAUGCUGGCACAUGGCAGGAUGGAUCCCUGUGAGUAGCUUUUCAGGGUGUCCCAAAGUCUCUCUUACACAAGCCUCUCUUAGCCUAUGCUUUAAAAAGAAAAAAAAUGGACUAUUUGGACUCUGAAGAUUGCUGCUCUGCUGCGAACUAAUGCAUGUCAAAAAGGACCUGCUUUUUACAUAACUGUAGCAAUACUGGAAGAAAAUGCAUCUCGAGAACCACUGUCCGGCUCUAAGAAAAGCUAUAGAUCAGCUGGAAUCUGAAAAGCUUACAUUUUAGAGCUCAGCCCUAAUCUAGCCUGCAUUUAGAUUUCGCCAUAAGGCCAGUAAUCUGCUGCUAUGUUGUUAUGGACUGUGUAUCACUGAAAACAAUUAUUUCCUCCCAAGUGCAACAUAAAAGAAUAGGAAAGAACAACUGCCUGCAAUGGGACUUUAAGGUUUGUUUAAAAUGAAUACUUACCAAGAUCAGCUGCAGUGUGGAAGAACAGUGUGCAUCAAGCACCAAAAUGUUUACAGUUUUUGCAGUGACUGAAGCAGGUUGCAGAAGUUUCCACUGAAAUUUACAACGUCCGUUGGGUAUAUCCCCAAUUGUCUUCUGUACAAAAUCCAUAGGGAAAAACUAUGAGUUGCACUAGAGUGCAUGAAUUCAAAUGCGGCUUCAAUGGGAGAGGCUACCAAUCACUUCUACACAUUUAGUUUUCUUCUCUAGGAUACCAGAAUUCAGUUCUCAAAAGAUCCCAUAAAUGGGCUAUCUAUGCACUAUUCCAAAUAAUUUCAACAUGCUGGAACUAAAGAUGUUGGAGAAUUAUGUUCAGCUAACCUAACUUACACUUUCAUAACUAAUAGGCAUAUCAGAACAUAGUUUUCAAUCAAAUAGAACACUUCUCCAAAUUUUGCAUUUCAAACCUUGGCUUCAAAAUUGCAUCCAAAAAUAUUUUAGGGGGAAACGCAGUGUUGGAAUGCAAGUUUGUGCAAUUUUAAAACCUGUUAGAAAACAGGAUAGAAUGGGCUUAUAAGCAUUUUUAUAUUCACCAGUUACUAUACCAAUUCACUGUAGCAAGUUAAAACUUGAAUGAUACCAUGGAUUGCUGCUCAUUUUUUUUCACAUGACAUCCCUAAAACAUUCAUUCAGGAAUCAAGCAGUAUUGUUUUUUUCUCUGAUGUGCACUCAUUCUAUGACUUUUAUGUAGCUUUUUCAGGGUCAAACUAUUCUCCAAAAUCAUGUUUACUGAUUACUGAUGUUUACUUACCGUGUGUGUGCAGCCUUGAUUUGGAUCAGGAUCACAGUGCUCAUGCAAAAGCGCAAUUUGUUUUCACUCCCAAAAUUCUACCACCCCCACCAGGGAGUAAAGAAAAAUACUGCCACUGACUAAUGGAGACUUCUUUCUUUUCUUGAAUUCCAGGAAGCAAGCAGGUGAAGGGAAAUUUGGCAUGCAUCCUUCCCUAGAGUACCAUGAUCACAUAAUCAAUUGUGCCCACAUAUGCUUAUGCAAGAGAAAAUUUGACAGACAUCGCAACAUAAUGUAUGAUAAAGGGAAUAUUUUGUUUGACCUCAUACAAUACUGUUUAGCUUUCAAAAACUUGCAUGAAGUACUUUCAUCUGGUAGAUUUUGAUGUGACAUGUUUGUAUGUUUAAUAUAAUAUCCUAGGCCUCUUUGAUUAAGGAAUGAAGUGGCAUACAAGUUAUGAAAUAAUUUUAUAUAUUAAAAAAACUCAUGGUUUCAGUAUUA